AUGAGGACCACACUCGCACUCGCAACCGCCGCGUGCGCGUUGGCGGGCAGCUCGCUCGUGGCCGCCUCGUCCGGUUCGACCAUCACCGCCGCGCCUUCGUCAACUCAGAUCGCAAAGGCAGUCAAGCGACAGGCUGCUGGGUCGCAGAAGCCGUUGACACAGUACACGUACUCGUACUCGGCCGUACCGUACCAGGUUCUCCCCGCUGCUGAGGGACGUGGUCCUCAGUCCGGUUACAACAUCUGUAACUCGACGACGUCGGGGCCCGACUCGCGGUGUCAGACCAUGAUCGCUAAUAACGCCAGCGACUUCUGUCUCUGGGGCAGUCCGACCAUGAGUGCGAACGGCACGAUCGGAGAUGACGAGGCUGCCGUUGUCGCCUACUGUACGAACGACCAGCACGGUGCUCGCGUUAUCCCCGCUGGCGCGAUCACUGGCUUGCAGGUCAUGCACACGUCCGCCUACAUCCAGUGGACCGGACACAUCAACAUGUCGGCUCUGAACUUGCAGGAGAACGACACUGGAGGCGAGCUGGACCCGCACGGUGCAGACCUCGCUGGGAACCCUCUUGGAGGACUCGUCUACUCGAACCAGCUUCCCGGCGGCAACAACCAGACCGAGGUUCAGGCUGUCGAGUGGAACAACUUCAUCGGAGCGGGCGUCUUCUGCCUGAAGCUGUGCUUCGACAACACCCAGAAGGAGCCGUUCUAUUGCCAGAACAAGUUCGACUUGUUGGGCUGUUCCUACAACAUGCCCGCAUCUUACCAGGACAACGUCUUUCUCGAAUGCGACGGCGACUUGCAGGACCCCGUCGGCAUCUACACUGGCACGAACGGACAGACGACGACGUGGUCGCAGCCCGAGUCGCUCGCUGGGACGCAGUCGUUGCCCUGGACGCCGCGCGUUCCGGCUUCGUCGAACUGCAAAACGUAUCAGUCGACCGAGCUCUUCCCGGCGACGGCUCUGGGUUACCAGUCCACGUCCGCCCCGACUGCCACUUCCGCCGGCUCGUCUGGCGCCAAGUCAGGCUCGAACAGCGGCUCGUCGGGACCGAGCGCGACCGCCGCCGGCUCAAACAGCUCGUCGAACAAGACCAACAACGGCGACAUCGUCGCUGCUUCCGUCUCGCUCUCAGUCCUCGCCAUGCUCGUUGGCAGCAUCGUCGCGCUCGCCUAG